CGAAUGUAUCUGCUUGGCAGGGAAAUCUGAGUCUGUUUGAAGUGGAGAUUUGCCUUUCCAGCCCCACAGUAAAUGACAGGAACAGCAGCACCAGAGCUUUCAGGGGGGCUGACUGGAUCUAGCAGUGCGAAUAAUUCUUUACAAGCUUCACUUCACUUUUUUGUUAUAUAUAUUUUAUGAAUAUAUAUUAGUAGCAGUGGCUGUUUCUCCCUCCCUCCCUCCUCCCCUCCUUAAUCUUGGCUUUUACUCCUGAGGUGAUGUUACAGUGGGGAUGAGUGGCUGUUCUUGUAUUAACCCGGAAAUAUUCUGGCAUGUUUGUCUUAUUUCCCCCCUCUCACCUCCAGCCCUUCUUGAAGGAUUUUUCUGACUAUUAAGGACAAGAGAAAGCGAAUGGUUGGAAGUGUGCGGCGAACAUACAAGAUUUUUUAAAAAAAAAAGUUUGGAGCUGGAUUGUCAGGCCCACAGUCACAGAGGCAGGAUUUAGUGAGCGUUUUUUUUUGGCUUUGACAGAGGAGCUAAGCUGACCAGAUCUACAAGAAGAAAGCUAAGAAGAUAAUUCUUGUACCAUGCACUAGAACAUUAAAUACUGAGAAGGCUAGGAUUGCACACUGAUUUCUUGGAGAGAGGAAGUUGAAGAUGGGGCGGAAAAAGAUUCAGAUUACGAGGAUUAUGGAUGAACGUAACAGGCAGGUGACGUUCACAAAGAGAAAAUUUGGAUUAAUGAAGAAAGCCUAUGAACUGAGUGUACUGUGUGACUGUGAGAUUGCUUUGAUAAUAUUCAACAGUUCAAACAAAUUGUUUCAGUAUGCUAGUACUGACAUGGACAAAGUUUUGCUCAAGUACACAGAGUAUAAUGAACCCCACGAAAGCAGAACCAACUCGGAUAUUGUUGAGACCUUAAGAAAGAAAGGACAUAAUGACUGUGAUAGCCCAGACCCAGAUGAUUCUUUUGAGCACAGUCCGCUCAUGGAGGACAAAUACAGAAAGCUUAAUGAAGAUAAUGAUGUAAUGUUCAAGCGCUAUGGUGCACUUAACAAGAAAGAACACAGAGGCUGCGACAGUCCAGAGCCUGAUUCAUCAUACGUGCUCACCCCACACACAGAGGAAAAAUAUAAAAAAAUAAAUGAAGAGUUUGAUAACAUGAUGAGGAAUCACAAACUCGCACCUGGUUUGCCGCCGCAAAACUUCGCAAUGCCGGUUGCAGUUCCAGUGAGCAACCCAAAUACCCUAACCUACAGCCACCCAGGAAGCUCCCUCGUAACCCAUUCAUUGGUAACCACAUCUCUAACCGAUAGCAGCAUGCUUUCGCCUCCCCAAGCUACACUGCCCAGAAAUGUUGUAUCACCAGGUGCUCCACAGAGACCACCAAGUGCUGGUAAUGCAGGUGGAAUGAUGGGUGACCUUACAAUGCCAAAUGGUGCAGGCACCAGCCCUGUGGGAAAUGGUUUUGUUAACCCUCGUGCUUCGCCUGGCCUGCUGUGCUCCACAGGUGGGAAUGGAUUAGGAAAAGUAAUGCCCACAAAAUCUCCACCCCCUCCUGGUGGGAAUGUUGGAAUGAACAAUCGCAAGCCAGACCUUCGAGUGGUAAUUCCACCAACCAGCAAGGGCAUGAUGCCGCCUCUGUCAGAGGAGGAUGAGUUGGAUAUGAACGUACAGAGGAUAAGCAGUUCACAGUCAACACAGGCUCUUGCAACUCCAGUUGUGUCUGUUACUACUCCAAGUCUACCACCGCAUGGUCUGUUGUAUUCGACAUACAACACUGAUUACUCACUAACCAGCGCUGACUUGUCUACACUAUCAGGAUUCAACUCACCAGGGACAUUGUCAUUAGGACCAGUGUCUGCUUGGCAACACCACCAUCUUGGACCAGCUGCCCUCAGCUCACUAAUAGUUAACAGUCAGUCACUUCAGGGUUCAAACCUUUCAAUCAACACCAACCAGAACGUCAACAUCAAAUCGGAGCCAACCUCACCCCCUCGAGACCGGGUGACGCCUUCAGGUUUCCCUCAGCAGUCCCGACAUGACACGGGGCGCUCGCCCGUCGAUAGUCUGAGCAGCUCCAGCAGCUCGUAUGACGGAAGCGAUCGUGAGGACCCUCGGGGUGACUUCCAUUCACCCAUUGGACUCGCAAGACCCUCCACAGAUGAUCGAGAGAGCCCAUCCGUAAAGCGCAUGCGGAUGGACACGUGGGUGACAUAAAGCCCCCUUUUGCUGCCAUUUUGUAGUAUCUCUUUUGUUACAAGAGAACUGUCCUUACAUAUCUAAAACAAGGACAUGGAAAAUGUAUAAGUUAAUCAGGUACUCUACAGUGCAAAUUAAUUGUAUAUUUGCAGGUGUCCCACAUUUAAAUUUUAGUCACUGUCUCAGUCUGGCACUUAUUUGUAUUAGCUGUUAUCUUAUACUGGUUUGCAAAAAAAAAAUUUAUAUUCAACCCUACCAUGCUUGCAAAAACAAGACAGUUGGUUGUCAAUUCUGACAGUGUCCUGUGUGUGUGUAUAAAAAUGGUGUGGCUAGUUAAACUUUCUGCUUUGUAGAAUUGAAGCUGUAGAAAGAAACAAGAGAGCAAUACUGUACAUAAAAUAAAUCUAUGAUAUUGAACCUGGCAUGGGUCUCCGUCUCUUGAAGAAGUGUUAUAAAUUGCACGGUGUAGAGCUGAGGGUGAACAGUUCUUCCUGCAUGUGCAAAAACAGGUUGUAAAAGUGACAUCACAAUUUAUUAAGUACAUUGGAAACAUGCAUUAAGUACCUGCAUGAGAAAUGAGGAGACUGUUGGUGAAUAUAGCAUUAAGAGAAACUUAAUAUAUUAAGUUAUAAUUGGAAUUUAGUUAAAGCUCUUAAGUUGAUGUCUGAAAUCCAAAUUUGAUUCAGAUCACUUAUAUAUUUUUAUUAAAAGAAAACAUAAUACCCCAACUUAUUAUUGACUAUAUAGAACUGUAUAAUUUUAAACACAUUCAGCUAUGAAAUUAUUUAUAUAUGCCAAAGUUGCAUGUUGAUGCUCUCUAGAUACGGUUUUAUCUUGUUACCUUGGAUUAGUUUUUGCUUUUUUUUAAAUGCAGGCUAAACCUUAAAAGCCAUGAACACUUGCUAACCUAUAUGUAAAGAGAAUUUGAGCCAAAUGUUUGUGUAUAUAGCAUCUUAACUAUAUCACCUUUGGUGUCAGUGUACAAUGUAUUGUUGUACGUUCACCAGAUUAAAGUAUAUUUUUGUGGAUUAUCACCAACUUGACAGGGCAAGAUCCUUAUGAGUAGAGUAUCCACUGGUAAUUACUAUUUUGUUUAAUAUGCUGUACUUCCUUUGGUUUUAAUUAUUAUAUAUGGCAAUUGCAAAAAGUAGUAAAAGUUUUAUUUUCCUCAAUGGCAGUGAAUGUGUACAAUAAUUGUUAUUUCUGUGCUGUAUGGUAAUGCUUUACUAUACAUAUAAAAAGCAGAUCCUAAAUCCUGAUGUUAUAUUUGUCAUGCACAAACUUGAAAGCAAGUUCCUUAUAUUGUAGACUGUUGUGGAUGGAAUUUCACUGCUUUAUUCAAUUACACUUUUCUGAUAUACGCUGCCUUUUGUGAUAAAUCACUGACAGUAGACACUUGUGGUUCUUAAUAAAAACAAAAUACCUGCAAGGGAGUAGUGCAGGUGAGUACCUUUUGAGAGUAAUAAAUGUAAAAGGUUCUUUUAUAUAUUUACAAAAAAAAAGGAUUGUUCAGUGGUGAGUGCAAUAGGAGAUUUGACAAUCAAAGGGGAAGGCCUGAGUGCACACUUGUAGAAACAGAGCAAUAGAGUAAGGUUUGUACCCCUCGAAUGGACUGACUUGAUGACUCCCAAGUGAGCCAAGGUUAAUGGCAUCAAAGGGAACCAAAAUCUGUCAUGUUCAUAGCUAGUACACGCAGUGUAAUUUAGUGAUAAAAUAUGUAUUAUAAAAAAAAAUUAAAUGGAGAUGUGUAGUUUGCUGAUAGGUUCUAGUGACAUCACUGUAGGAACUGGUCCCUUCAUUCUGCCAUUUGUUCUCCAUUAUAACCAUCUGUAAAAGACUCGAGAGAUACUUUCAAGAGGAUGACAUCAUGUUUCAUGAAAUGUUCUGCUAAAGGACUGCCAGUUACUAAUGCAAAAUGGGCCUUUUGGCUUUGGUAACCUUAUAUAGAGUGAUUACAUCGCAGAAGGAAGCCAUUUGGCCCAUUGAAUCCAUGCCGAUCAAUAUCCUCUAACAUAUAAUAGUGAAAAUGUUGUAGCUGAAUAGCCCUUUUACUUGGUUUACAACAGACUCAAUUCCUUUUUUAUAAAAAGAGUGAAGCAGAAUCAUUGUGUAAACAUGACUGGCUAUCAAAGUCCAUGCCAUUAGUAUCGGUUCUACUUGAGCUGGAUUUACAGAAAUUGUUUUGUAAGACUUGUGUUCUUACAAAAUGUAUUCAUGAUAUGACCAUUACUGCUUUUUGAUUCUUUUAUCAGCAAUAAAUAUAGGCGUAAUACUCAUUCUUUGAUUUUUUUUUGAGGGGGAAAUCUAACGUUUUUUUGUUUAGAUAAUUUUUGUAAAUAGUAUUUUCAAGUUUCUUCAAAAUAUUGGUUUAUUGCUUUGCCUGAGGUGUAUAUUACUCCAAGUUUGGACCUCAUAAAAUGAACACUUAGCACACUCGAAUCAAAAUCACCUUUUUCAUAUUUACUUUUUUUCCCCCUAACCCUUUUGGUUCCACAUUUAUUAAUUGGCUGAAAAUGCAUUCAAAGAUAGAUCAUAUAAGACUAAUGCUACUGAGACAAUGGUAGAAAUUCUAAUUUGCUCGCUCACUCACUGCUGAACAGACCUCUUUUAAGCUGCAGAGAAGCAGCUGAGUUGUGUAAUCUGCAGAACUGAAGAAAGGCUUUAUUGAAUUAUGCAUGUAGAUGAAAUUUUCUGUACAUUUGGUAAGAAGUUUGCUUCACAUUUACUGUGUCUCCUUGUGUGCAAGUUGCCUUAUAUAGUGGCAUCAUUUACCUUUUGUUCCCAAAUGAUGACAAUUGUCCUACAUAGUGGGCAUUAAUGUUGCAUAAUUGUGUCAGUGGCAUGCAUGGUUUAAGAUAGGAACAAUGUUGCUAUUAGUUGAGACUUUUAUGUCUAUAUUAAGAGAUCCUUACAUGUUCAAUUUAAUUCAGUUUUUUUUAACUUAUUCUUUAAAUGUAUCUUUUUCCUUCACUGUUUAAGACCAUUUCCCCAUGUAUCUGUCUUUUUGCACUGACACUCAAAAAAACCUUUAGUUGGGUAUAUGACCAUGUUGGAAUAGGGUCUCCUUUAUAAGCCAGCAGAAUGCUGAUUUGUGGAAGGGAUCCAUCUGAAUGAAGGAAAAUACUGUACUUAAUAUAAACACUUUCACAGGUGGUUGAUCAUUGGGGUUGGGGGGGAGGGGACAAUGCAUGAAAUACUGCAUGGAAAGGCAAUGUUUGCCAGUUCCAUUGCUGAUAGCUAAUGUCCUUUUUUAAAAAAUCUAUAAAUUGAAAAAAGCUGGGCGUUUUCUACAUAAUAACCCUUUAAGGAUUCUGACAUUUCAUAAUAGCAAGGCAUGGCGGACUGCUCUACUUGAAGGUAAAGCAAAUAAAGUGCAGCUAGGUCAAAAAUACAGAGCAUUUGAGGUAAUUUGCCGUCUUCUGUUUGAGAGGAAAGGAAAAUAGGUUCGGGCUCUGCAAUGUAAGAAAAGGGAUUUGCUCCUUCAGUAAAUUCAGAGCUACAUUUUCUGCCCAUUUUUAAACUUCAAGGUUUUGGAUUUAAUUGUUUUCUGCCCCUAUACUAAAUGACUUUGAGCGUGAUACUUAUCUAUUGGAAGUAUAUUAUUUGAAAACACACAUUAGAGAAAUUCUGCAUUGUUUGCAGAAUUUUGAUUGUGGGAAUCUGUAGUUCAUUGUUUAACUACCAGUUUAAAAAAAAUCAGAUGUGAUGGAUUUCCUAAGGGAAAAUAACACUGUACUAUUAGCUGAUCUUUGAGAUAGAUUUUACUAUGAGUCAGUAGGAGGUGAAAGUAUUGUGUAGUUAACUUAGUGUCUAGAUGCAUGUGACAAGACAAUUUGUUUCUGUAUCCUAAACAGUAAUAAAUCUAUAGAGAGAUUCUUACCAGUGAUAUGAGUUAGGACAAUUCUUUUGUGAGUAGAAAGGUCCAGUAACUCUCAAGUGCAGUAUGCAUAAGUGCCCUAUGGUGGCCUUUCAGCUGAGUGAGAGAAUAUCUACAAUACUCCUGAUACAGCUACUGCGCACAUUUGUUGAACAUGCAGUUCCUGAUAGAAACUGGAGUUUCAAUGACAGUGUGCUGCAGCCAACCAUUACAUUUUAAUUUAGACUUGUCACAUUUUUAUUUAGUUAUGUAAAAUAUUAAUACUGUGGGCAGGAAAAGUGCAAAUCACUCUCAGGGUAAAUUUUAAAUAACAUUUAUUUACCACCAGUUUCACCUGGCAUCAUAAUCCCAUGGGCCUAAGUUAAUAGAAAUUUAAAUUGUAUGUAAUAUUGUUAGAAACCUAAUGUAAAGGAAGAAGUAAGUAAAUGGAAGCACUAUUAGGCUUGACUUAAUCAAUUAAUAAUGCACUGGCCCCAUUGUGCUUCAAAGAUUUUACAGAGCUUAAAAAAUGGAAAAUGACACUAUCGGUCAAUCCGGCCGAGGGCAAUCCCUAUAUGCAAUGCUUAUCUGUGAAAACCACGGACAUAUGAAGGCGAUGUCCAUCUGCACACAAGAGACAGUAAACUAGAAUUCAAACUUCCUGUUUCCGGACACUGUUUAUGGAAAACUAAACAAAGUAUGCAAAGAGAAAGGGAAUAGAGAUGAUUUUCUUUUGCACAGACUUUCUACCCUCUGCUGUGCAAGACACUGCUUUGCAAAAUAUUUAAAAUGGCUUUUAUAAAAACUGAUGUAUUUGGUAAAUGUUUGUUACUUGUAGAAAUCACCGGAGCUGUUCACGGUUUAAACUUUAAGCCUGUUGGCAGCACAAGCUGGACUUUGUUGCCAUCAUUGAAACAAAUAUUGAUGAGACUUUAAGUUAACCUGCAAUUUCCCUGAAUGUGUUGUUUUUCUUCAUUAUACAAAGAUAAGUGAACUUUUUAUCGGAUGAUGACAAUUAUGCUAGACAUUGUUGUAAAAAUUUGUACCCUGCACUCACUUAAGUAAAGAUAUUGGCUUUUACUGUG